UCUUGACGGACUACUUUUACGGGGAAUUAUCAAUGGAAAUCGAAACUAGACAAAUAUUAACUGAUUAACCGGUUAAAAGCCUUAUCCAAAGAUGUCACCACCACCUACAGAAGAUUCUGAAACCAAACCACAGUCCAAACUAGCAGACAAAAUCCCAGCAGAUACAGAACAAUCCAAACCAGGUCCUUUGAAAGAAACAAAGGCAAUGAAAUUCAAGGCAAUUGUCAAGUACUCCUAUGAAGCUAAACAUAAGGAUGAACUUACACAGACUAAAGGAGAUACUAGAAAUAGUCUAGAUAAAGAUUUAGAAGAAAGUGGAUGUUGGAAGGGGGAGUUAAAUGGUCAAAUAUGUGUCUUUCAAGAUAACUAUGUAGAAAUCAUCAAAGAAGAG